CUAAUCCAGUCAGGGUUGGAACCAUGGCGGUGGCCAAGGAGCUCUUACAGAUGGACCUGUACGCGUUAUUAGGUAUCGAGGAGGAGGCGACGGACAAGGAGAUGAAGAAGGCAUAUAGGCAGAAGGCCCUCUCCUGCCACCCAGACAAAAAUCCGGAUAAUCCCAGAGCAGCUGAACUCUUCCAUCAGCUUUCUCAGGCCUUGGAGGUACUGACUGAUGCUGCCGCCAGGGCUGCAUAUGACAAGGUCAGGAAAGCCAGGAAGCAGGCAGCAGAGAGGACCCAGAAACUUGAUGAGAGAAGGAAGAAAGUGAAGCUUGAUCUGGAGGCCCGGGAGCGGCAGGCCCAGGCCCACGGCAGCGACGAGGAGGAGGAGGAGGAGAGCCGGAGCACCGGGACACUAGAGCAAGAGAUCAGACGCCUGCGAGAAGAGGGUUCCCGGCAGCUGGAGGAGCAGCAGAGGGUGAUCCAGGAGCAGAUACGCCAGGAACGGGAACAGAGGUUGAGAGGAAUGGCAGAAAAUCCUGAAAGCAAAGGAACCCCCAAGCUAAAGGUGAGCCCUGCGGAUCUACAGGCCACCUCACACCAUCUCCUCUCAGCAGAACAGAUGAUUCCAUGGGCACAGCUCAAGUGGAAGGGCAAGAAGGAGGCCAAGUCACAAGGCGGCUAUUCCAGAGAUGUCCUCCUGCGGCUUUUUCAAAAGUACGGAGAGGUGCUCAACCUGGUACUGUCCAGUAAGAAGGCAGGCACCGCCGUGGUGGAGUUUGCAACCAUCAAGGCUGCGGAGCUGGCUGUCCAGAAUGAAGUGGGCCUAGUCGAUAACCCCCUGAAGAUUUCCUGGUUGGAGGGACGGCCCCAGAGCACAAUGGGCCCUAACCACCCAGGACUGUCCCAGGGUUCGGUGCGGUCUGAGAGGGACUAUGAGAGCCUCGUCAUGAUGCGCAUGCGCCAGGCAGCUGAGAGGCAGCAGCUGAUCGCCCAGAUGCAGCAGGAGGACCAGGCUGGGCAGCCCACGUAGCCUCCUGCCUCCAGCCCUCCCAUCCCACAGCCCUUUUCUUAAACAUCACCAAUAAACUUUUUUUUUUUUUUUUUU